AGGAUCCCAAGGCCUAACUCCCCAAACCACUCAGGGUCCUGUGGACAGCUCACCUAGCUGCAAUGGCUGCAGGCUCCCGGACGUCCCUGCUCCUGGCUUUUGCCCUGCUCUGCCUACCAUGGCUUCAAGAGGCUGGUAGGGUCCCAAGCGUACCCUUAUCCAGGCUUUUUGACAACGCUAUGAUCCACGCCUAUCGCCUGCACCAGCUGGCCUUUGACACCUACCAGGAGUUUGUAAGCUCUUGGGGAAUGGGUGCGCGUCUGGGGUGGCAAGAAGGGGUGACUUUCCCCUGCUGGGAAGUCAUGGGAGGAGACUAAGGAGCUCAGGGUUGUUUUCUGAAGCGAAAAUGCAGGAAGAUGAGCAUAUGCUGAGUGAGGUUCCCAGAAAAGUAACAAUGGGAGCUGGUCUCCAGCAUAGAAACCAGCUGUCCUUCUUGGUGGGUGGAUCCUCCUCCUAGGAAGAAGCCUACAUCCCAAAGCAACAGAAGUAUUCAUUCCUGCGGAACCCCCAGACCUCCCUCUGCUUCACAGAGUCUAUUCCCACACCCUCCAACAUGGAGGAAACACAACAGAAAUCCAACCUAGAGCUGCUCCACAUCUCUGUGCUGCUCAUCCAGUCGUGGCUGGAGCCUGUGCAGUUCCUCAAGAGUGUGUUUGCCAACAGGCAGGUGUAUGGCACCUCAGACAGCGGCGUCUAUGACCUCCUAAAAAGCCUAGAAGAAGGCAUCCAAACGCUGAUGGGGGUGAGGGUGGCACCAGGGGUCCCCAACCCUGAAACCCCACUGGCUUUGAGGACUGGGGGAGAGAAACACUGCUGCCCUCUUUUCAGCAGUCAGGCCCUGACCCAAGAUAACUCACCUUAUUCUUCAUUUCCCCUGGUGAAUCCUCCAGGCCUUUCUCCCCUGGAGGGGAGGGAGGAAAAUGAAUGAAUGAGACAGGGAGGGAACAGUGACCAAGCGCUUGGCCUCUCCUUCUCUUUGUUCACUUUGCAGAGGCUGGAAGAUGGUAGCCCCUGGACU